GCCGUGUUCGCCGCCGCCGCGCCGCAGCGCGGGACUCUGGGAGCCGCCCCCGCGCCGGCGUCUCCCGGUGCCGCCUGGGUCGCUGGUGAAGCCCACGGCGCGCGGCUCUCCCGGACCCUACAGGGUGAAAGAAUGUGACAUUUCAACAUUUGAACCUGAAAUCAGCAUGCAGUUUUCAGGCCACAUGGAUGAAUGCCAACUUUUACAUUUCCUGUGUGUAUCCUGUGACCAUUCUCUCUGGGCCAUUCAUUUUUUUUAGAACAUCCUUCAAAGAGUUCAUGCGUCUUACUGAGGACACCUGACCUUUUGAAGCUUCAUAAUUCACACCUAGAUGUCACCAGUCUUUCCCAUGUUAACAGUUCUGACUAUGUUUUAUUAUAUAUGCCUUCGGCGCCGAGCGAGGACAGCUACAAGAGGAGAAAUGAUGAACAGCCAUAGAACUAUAGAAUCAAACAGCCGGACUUCCCCUCUCAACACAGAGGUGGUCCAGUAUGCCAAAGAAGUAGUGGAUUUCAGUUCCCAUUAUGGAAGCGAGAAUAGUAUGUCCUAUACCAUGUGGAAUUUGGCAGGCAUACCAAAUGUAUUUCCAAGUUCUGGUGACUUCACUCAGACAGCUGUAUUUCGAACUUACGGAACAUGGUGGGAUCAGUGUCCUAGUGCUUCCGUGCCAUUCAAGAGGACGCCGCCUAAUUUUCAAAGCCAAGACUAUGUGGAACUUACCUUUGAACAACAGGUGUAUCCUACAGCAGUUCAUGUUCUGGAAACCUAUCAUCCUGGAGCGGUCAUUAGAAUUCUGGCUUGUUCUGCAAAUCCGUAUUCUCCAAUUCUACCAGCUGAAGUAAGAUGGGAGAUUCUUUGGUCAGAGAGACCGACGAAGGUGAAUGCUUCCCAGGCUCGCCAAUUUAAACCUUGUAUUAAGCAGAUAAAUUUUCCCACAAACCUCAUACGGCUGGAAGUAAAUAGUUCUCUCCUGGAUUAUUACACUGAAUUGGAUGCAGUCGUGUUACAUGGUACAAAGGACAAGCCAGUGCUUUCUCUCAAGACUUCACUUAUUGACAUGAAUGAUCUAGAAGAUGAUGACUAUGAAGAAAAAGAUGGUUGUGGAAUGGACAGUCUAAGCAAAAAGUUUAGCAGUACUGCCCUCAGGGAAGGGCCAAAUAAUGGAUAUUUUGAUAAACUGCCUUAUGAGCUCAUUCAACUGAUUCUGAACCAACUUACACUACCAGACCUGUGUAGAUUAGCACAGACUUGCAAACUACUGAACCAGCAUUGCUGUGAUCCUCUACAGUACAUCCACCUCAAUCUGCAGCCGUACUGGGCAAAACUAAAUGACACCUCUCUGGAAUUUCUGCAGGCUCGCUGCACCCUUGUUCAGUGGCUUAAUUUGUCUUGGACUGGGAAUAGGGGCUUCAUCUCUGUUGCAGGAUUCAGCAGGUUUCUGAAGGUUUGCGGAUCUGAAUUAGUGCGUCUGGAAUUAUCUUGAAGCCACUUUCUUAAUGAAACUUGCUUGGAGAUUAUUUCUGAGAUGUGUCCCAAUUUACAGGACUUAAAUCUCUCAUCCUGUGAUAAACUACCACCUCAAGCUUUCAACCACAUUGCCAAAUUAUGCGGUCUUAAAAGACUUGUUCUCUAUAGAACAAAAGUAGAGCAAACAGCGCUGCUCAGCAUUUUGAACUUCUGUUCAGAGCUUCAGCACCUUAGUCUGGGCAGUUGUGUAAUGAUUGAAGACUAUGAUGUGAUAGCCAGCAUGAUAGGAGCCAAGUGUAAAAAACUCCGAACUCUGGAUCUGUGGAGAUGUAAGAAUAUCACUGAGAAUGGGAUAGCAGAACUGGCUUCUGGGUGUCCGCUUCUGGAGGAACUUGACCUUGGCUGGUGCCCUACUCUGCAGAGCAGCACCGGCUGUUUCGCCAGACUGGCACGCCAGCUCCCCAACUUGCAAAAACUCUUCCUUACGGCCAACAGAUCUGUGUGUGACACAGACAUUGAAGAACUGGCAUGUAAUUGUACCAGAUUACGGCAACUGGACAUAUUAGGAACAAGAAUGGUAAGUCCAGCAUCUUUAAGAAAACUUCUGGAAUCAUGUAAAGAUCUUUGCUUGCUUGAUGUGUCCUUCUGUUCACAGAUUGAUAACAGAGCUGUGCUGGAACUCAAUGUGAGCUUUCCAAAAGUAUUCAUAAAAAAGAGCUUUACACAGUGACUUAAUAUAUGUUGCAUAAUAAAAUCAAUGUGCUUUUGUAUGGUUUUA